UUUUAUUUUUUUGUACCAUUUCUCUCUCUUUCUUAUCAGUUCGACCUAGUGACGUGCCAAUUGAAACCAGUUUAUUGGUGUUUAUUAGAAGUCAUGCCAGAUUGACUGGAACUAAGUUUAUGUGCUUAGAAGGUGGUUGUGGUGCAUGCAUUGUCAAUAUUGCAGGUAUUAUCACGCCAGCCGGAGAUCGUCGUACAUUUGCUGUCAAUUCAUGUCUGUGGCCCGUAUAUGCAUGUAAUGGUUUGGGUGUUACAACCAUCGAAGGAAUCGGUAGUUUAAAGAAUGGAUAUCAUCCAAUUCAAAAAGCCCUGUAUCAUUUCAAUGGUACACAAUGUGGCUAUUGUUCGCCCGGAAUGGUGAUGAAUAUGUAUAGUUUGUUAGAAGCGAAUAAUGGUGAAGUAACGAUGCAACAGGUGGAAAAUUCAUUUGAUGGUAACAUUUGUCGUUGCACCGGCUAUCGACCCAUUUUAGAUGCAUUCAAAUCAUUUGCAAGAGAUUCAUACACUUCGGAUAUUGAGGAUUUAGCUCUGAAUUUGUGUCGUAUGAAAAAAGAUCGAAAAUGUUCGACCGAGGAGAGAUGCUAUCAAAAGUGUCGUAUUUAUAAAAAUAUUCCAUUAGAAAUUGCGUCAAAUGAUGGAAAAGAAUGGAUAAAACCGGUUAAUUUGUUGCAGCUAAUCAAGAUUUUCACAACAAAAACCAUGCAUAAAGAAUAUAUGUUGGUGGCUGGUAAUACUGCACAUGGUGUGUAUCGACGUUCAGAAAAUAUAAAAAUUUUCAUCGAUACCAGAGCAAUUGCAGAGCUUCACAUAAUCAAAGCUGAUGAAUCGUCACUUACGUUUGGGGGUAAUGUAUCGCUCACCGAAUUGAUGGAAACACUUGAACGGGUGGCCAAAGAGUGUGACAAUUAUGCAUAUGGAACUGAAUUAGCCAAACAUAUCGAUCUUGUUGCAACUGUUCCUGUUCGAAAUGUCAAUAUUUUUCUAUUUUUCAAUAGAUUUUUCGAAAUUAUUCAGGCCGGAACUAUUGCUGGAAAUUUGAGUAUAAAGCACACUCACCGCGAAUUCCCAUCGGAUAUAUUUUUACUUCUAGAAACGAUCGGAGCUCAACUGAAAAUCGCCUCAAUUGAUGGUUUAGUGCAGACAUAUUCGCUACAAGAGUAUUUGUUUUUGGACAUGUCACAAAAAGUGAUUUUAAGCAUUGUUUUUCCGAAACUGCCGACGAAUCAAUUCGCAUUUCGUUCGUAUAAAAUUAUGCCUCGGGCUCAAAAUGCACAUGCAAUGGUGAAUGCAGCAUUCCUCUUCGAAUUCAGUUCGAAUGAUGGAGCAACGACGGUAAAAUCUUGUCGCAUUUGUUAUGGUGGUAUCAAUCCACAAUUCAUACACGCCGAAGCAACGGAACAACUCCUGACGGGAAUUGAUGAUUUUUACACGGAUGAUGCCUUGCAAAAGGCGAUCAAAUCUCUGCAAACUGAAAUCGAACCGGAUUCAAUUUUGCCCGACCCGGCGGCAGAUUAUCGAAAAAAUUUAGCGAUUGCGUUAUUUUAUCGUUUCUUCUUGAAUACAGCUCCAGAAGAUAGAAUAAAAAGCGAAUAUAUAAGUGGUCGUGUGGGAUUGGAACGACCGUUGUCAUCAGGCAUUCAAACUUAUGAAUCCGAUGAAAAAUUGUAUCCUCUAACACAACCACUCACAAAAUACGAAGGUCUUAUUCAAUGUUCGGGUGAAGCUGAAUACAUAAAUGAUAUGUUUAGUAGUUUAACGGUGGACCAAGAAUUGUGGGCGGCUUUUGUUCCAGCCAUCGAAGUUAAUUCGAAAAUUGUUUCAAUUGAUGCUUCCAAUGCAUUGAAAAUACCUGGCGUAGCUGCGUUUUUCUCGGCCAGAGAUAUUCCCGGUGAAAAUUCGUUUAUGCCUGUUAACUGUGGAAUCCUCUUUGUCGUCGAAAUGGAGCCCAUUUUUCUAGCAAUUGAUGCACAAGUUCAAUUUUAUGGACAACCAUGUGGUUUGAUUGUGGCCAAAACCAUGGCCAUAGCCAAUUCAGCAGCAACAAAAGUUGAAAUAACAUACGAGAAAACACAGGUGGAUCGGCCAAUUAUUCCGUCUUUACGGCAUUGGCGGCAGACAAGCAAAGAAUUAAAUGUGUGCAAAAAUGUAUCGGAAUUUCGGAUUCCUCCAAAUCAACCGUUAGCGAUGCCGUUGGUUGGACAAGAAAUCAAAAUCAAGGGUAAAAUUUGCAUUUUUCGCCGAAGUGAUUUUGAGAUUGGUUCACAAUUUCACAUGUCUAUGGAGCCGCAAACGGUAUUUUGUACACCGAACGAUGAUGGCGGUAUAAAUUUGCAGGUUUCAACACAAUGGUUGGAUCUGAGUCAUGUAGCAGUCGCACAAUGCUUAAAAUUGCCACAAAGUAAAAUUAUUGCAUCGUUCAAACGAGUUGGAGGUGGUUACGGUGCAAAACUAUCACGUCCAUCUCAUAUUGCUUGUGCUUGUGCAUUAGCUUGUCAUUUGCUGCGGAUGCCAGUUCGAUUUGUCAUGAAUGUCGAAUCAAAUAUGACGGUUAUAGGUAAACGUUAUGGCUGUGCCACCGAAUAUGAUGCAACUGUUGAUUCAGCUACAGGCCGUUUGAUUGAUUUGCCAUCUUUAAUUAUUACGAGCGAUUUUGGUUGUUCGUUGAACGAUGACACAACGAAAAAAAUGACCCACUGCUUGGAAUCGGCAUGCUACGCACAUGCAAACGAAUGGAAAGUAGAAGUAAGUCGUCUACUUACGGACGCACCAUCGGCUAUACCAGCACGGGCUCCCGGUUCAACAGAAGGAACAGCAAUUGUUGAAAAUCUCAUAGAACACAUUGCUAGUGAGAUCAACAUGGAUCCGGCUCAAGUGCGCAUAAAUAAUUUCCAUACUGAUGGUCCACUAGUCAAAUUUUUUCCAGAAUUUUUAAAAGAUAUUGAUUACUUCGAUCGCCGUGCCGAAAUAAAUGAGUUCAAUAAGCAAAAUCGUUGGCGUAAAAGAGGAAUUGGUGUAUCGAUCAUGACAUUUUCGGCCGUUUAUACGGCUUCAUUAUGUGCAUAUAUUGCCAUUUAUCAUGGCGACGGAACGGUUGCAAUUAGCCAUGGUGGUAUUGAAAUUGGUCAAGGCAUUAAUACUAAAGUAGCUCAAGUGGUUGCUCAUAUUUUUGGUAUACCAUUGGAUAUGAUCACAGUUACAGCGCACAGUUCAAUUAUAUCGGCCAAUCGAACAAGAACUGGAAGUACGAUAACAAGCGAAUCGGUGUGCAUGGCUGCAAAAAUGGCAUGUGAUCGCAUUUUAGUACGUUUAAAACCCAUUCAAGAUGAAAAACCAAACGCAACAUGGUUAGAAAUUAUUCAUGAAGCCUAUGCACAGUCGAUUGAAUUAACGGAGAAGCAAGCCUUUGAAUCGCGCAAUGCAAAAAGUUACAAUAUUAUUGGUUGUGCUAGUGUCGAACUGGAGCUGGAUGUUUUGACCGGUAAUUUACAAAUACUUCGGGCUGAUAUUCAUGAAGACACUGGCAAAAGUAUGAACCCAUUGGUUGAUGUUGGUCAAAUCGAAGGUGCAUUCAUUAUGGGUAUCGGCUAUUGGUUAACCGAGAAACUGGAUUACGAUAAGCGUACAGGUGAAUUAGUGACCAAUCGAAUGUGGACGUAUAAAGUUCCUGGCGCCAAAGACAUUCCAAUUGAUUUCCGCAUAAAAUUUUUACAAAAUAUCAACAAUGAAGGCAUUUUCAGUUCAAAGGCUACCGGCGAACCAUCAUUGACAUUAUCAGUGGUUGCGAUAUUCGCAUUGCGUCAUGCCAUUGAUGCAAUUCUUGAAGACAAUGGAAAAACUAAAAAGUGGUAUCGAUUGGGUUCAGCAAAUACACCGGACAUAAUCUUCAGUGCAGCAGAGGUUGAUGUUGACGACUUUAAAUUAUGCUGA